ACUGCUGAUAAAUCAUACCAGUUUUUACCAGGGAGGGAUUAUAGCUGUACUGUUGCUAUCAUAGCAGUCUAUCAGCUAGUACUGUAAGCAUUCAUGUGCAGUGGAGUAGAAUCUAGUUCAAGGUCGGGAAACGAACUGUAAAUAAACUGUAAAUAUAAUCAUUUGUUUUCAUUCUAACUGGCGAGAAUAAAAAAUGCCUAUGGGUACACAAGACUUUGGUGGAUGUGAUGAAUGUCAGAGGUCUAUGAAAUUGAAAAGUGAUUCUGUGUGUAAUGGAGGUGUGGAAGAAUUGAGCACAUUGGAUGUGAUCAACAGUGGGGAUUUCCUGUUUUAUGAUGAGGUCUGCCUGCAUCAGUAUGAGAACACAUUCCACCGCAAUGUUGAGGGGCAGGCCAUCAAGGUGGGCAUCUGUGCCAUGGCCAAGAAGGUUAACUCGAAGCCCAUGAAGGAGAUACUGAGACGUCUGUCCAGAUUUGAGCACCUACAGAUUGAAGUAUUGGAUGAGGAGACCAUCGUUCAGAAGGCAGUGACUGACUGGCCCGUGGUGGAUGCUUUCAUAGCUUUCUUCUCGACCGGUUUCCCUCUAGAGAAAGCCAUCGAGUACAAGAACCUUUACCAUCCUUAUGUGGUCAAUGACUUGGAGGCCCAAUAUACACUCAAGGAUAGACGUGAGGUGUACAAGAUCCUGGUGCGGGAGGGCAUAGAACAUCCCCGCUAUGCUGUCAUGAACAGGGAGGAGGAGGAGAAAGGGACUUUUGAGGAGAAUGAAGAUGCGAUAGAGGUAAACGGCAUGAGCUUUCAGCGCCCGUUUGUGGAGAAGCCGGUAAAUGCGGAGGACCACAACAUCAACAUCUACUUCCCAGUGUCAGCAGGGGGAGGCUGCCAGCGCCUCUUCCGGAAGGUCAGACAUUGGAGUCCUGUCUCUAAGACUAUUAUUGGAUCUAGAAGUAGCGUCUACAGCCAAGUCAGCCAAGUGCGAAAGACAGGGUCGUACAUUUAUGAAGUCUUCAUGCCCACAGAUGGUACAGAUGUGAAAGUGUACACGGUGGGCCCAGAUUACGCCCACGCUGAGGCCCGUAAAUCUCCCGCCCUGGACGGGAAAGUGGAGCGCGAUAAGGACGGGAAAGAAGUACGCUAUCCUGUCAUUCUGUCAGCAGCUGAGAAGAUGAUAGCAAGGAAAGUUUGCUUGGCUUUCAAGCAAAAUGUAUGUGGUUUUGAUCUUUUACGCACUGGAGGAAAGUCCUAUGUCUGUGAUGUGAAUGGCUUUAGCUUUGUGAAGAACUCAACCAAGUACUAUGAUGAUUGUGCCAAUGUGCUAGGGACGAUGAUAGUACGAGCGCUUGCCCCACAGCUACAUAUACAGAAUGUGGCCCUUGUGUUAGGGGCAGCACCAGAAGACAUCCCUGUUGUGCCAACCACAUCAGGCUCAAUGAUGGAACUGAGGUGUGUGAUUGCUGUCAUAAGGCACGGAGACCGGACACCAAAACAGAAAAUGAAAAUGGAGGUGAAAAAUAAAAAGUUUUUUGAGCUGUUUGAAAAGUAUGGCGGAUACAAAAAGGGACACUUGAAACUGAAGAAGCCGAAGCAGUUACAGGAAGUACUGGACAUUGCUCGAGACCUUCUGUGUGAGAACCCAGGGGACAACAAUCCCGAAGUGCAGGAGAAGAAGGCAAAACUACGGCAGCUCAAACUUGUUCUCGAAAUGUAUGAGUUCUCUGGCAUAAACAGAAAAAUCCAGUUGAAAUACCAGCCAUUCGGGCGACCCCCACAUUCCAGCGAUGGUUUGUAUCCAUCUAUAUCUAAGGGCUACGAGUUCCCUAAAGAGCCCUCCCUAGUAUUGAUCCUGAAAUGGGGAGGGGAGCUUACUCCAGCUGGAAGGUACCAGGCCGAGGAUCUGGGCAAAGCUUUCAGGACUCUCUACCCUGGCGGACAAGGAGAGUUUGAGACGCCAGGUUUGGGUUUCCUUCGAUUGCACAGCACGUUUCGCCAUGAUCUCAAGAUCUAUGCCUCAGACGAGGGCAGAGUACAGAUGACCGCAGCUGCCUUUACAAAGGGUCUGCUUGCAUUGGAAGGGGAGCUCACUCCCAUCCUGGUCUCCAUGGUGAAGAGUGCCAACACAAACGGCCUCCUGGACAAGGAGGGGGAGACUUCAAAGUAUCAGCACAUUGUAAAGGAGACCCUUAUGGAGAUGUUGAACAGAGACAUGGAAUUCACGGAGGAGGACGUACAAGUGCUUGCACCGACCAGGAGCCUGUCACUCCUAAAAGCAAUUGAGUUUAUAAAGAACCCCAAAAGGAUGAACGACCGCGUUUAUGAGAUGGUACAGGAAAUAACCGCCAAGAUUAAGACCCUCAAGAUGGAAUUGAAAUCUAGAGAGCUGAAGCUAUACCAUGGGGAGUCGUGGGAGCUGUUGAUACGCAGAUGGUCCAAGCUGGAGAAGGACUAUAAGCUGAAGAAUGGCCAGUAUGACAUCAGUAAGAUACCAGACAUCUAUGACUGCAUCAAGUACGACUUACAGCAUAACCAGAAAACACUGCAGUAUGAACGAUCCGAGGAACUGUUCCUGGUCUCUAAAGCUCUGGCUGAUAUUGUGAUUCCACAGGAGUACGGUAUCAGCGUUGAGGAGAAGCUGCACAUCUCCCAGAGCAUCUGCACCCCACUGAUGAGGAAGAUCCACUGUGACCUGCACCAGGGAUGUGUCACCUCCGAUGAGGAAAGCACGAGACUCAACUCCAGGUACUCGAAGGGUGUUUCCUCCCCGGAGAGGUUUGUGCGUACUCGUCUCUACUUCACCAGCGAGAGUCACAUACACAGUCUGCUCAAUAUGCUCAGAUAUGGAGGCCUCUGUGAUGAAGUAAAGGAUGAGCAAUGGAAGAAGGCAAUGGACUUUCUCAGCACCACCCCAGAGCUCAACUACAUGACUCAGAUCAACAUCAUGAUGUUUGAGGACCCAUCAAAGAAGGAGACGUCUCCAGAGAAGUACCAUGUGGAGCUGCACUUCAGCCCUGGGGCUUACACCAGCAGUGACAAGAGUGUGGUGAACCCUGGCAGCUCCGGCUACCGAACAUCAUUCCUUGUCAGACAGAAGCUUGAGGCUGGUAAGAAGCUUCUUGAGAAGGGCACAGAUGAGAUCUGUAAAGAGGUGAUCAGAGAGGAGAGUGUGACAGACGAGUCAGUGACCCUCGAGUCACCAGAGAGUAGUAAGGGUUUAGAAGACAGUAAUGUCACACAAGUCGAAGAAAAAUCUUCAGCGAGUAUUAUGACAAGUAGCUCAGUCCCUAACAAUCAAAAUAGCUUAGACUAUAUUUAUCAAAAUAGUUUUGAUCCUAACAAUCAGGUCUGUGUACAAGAUGGAGAGGGUGAACCAAGUCAAAUUAGAGAUGGAGAUGUUGUUCAAAUGCCCAUAAUGGAGGGAGCUAGUGUUGGAACGAAUGCAGUUGAACCACAGAACGUCUCUGUCUGUAAAACUGAAAGACAAUCUAAAAUGGAGACUAUUCAAAAUGAGUCACAUGAUGGCACUGCAGUGGAAACGGAAAAAGCUCUAGUGGAUGGUGUAAACAGUGAAAUAAAGGCUGCAGAUUGUGAAACUUUGAAAAAUAGCCUGACUGAAAACGUAGAGUCAAAAGGAAUUAUAAGUGCAUUGUUUAACAAAGUGGUGCACACCGUCAUAGGGGAUGUUUCACUCGGGAGUAGAGGUACUACUAGUCGUCAGAGUGGGGCCAAUGCCAGCAAGGAUUUGGAGGAGUCUAGUCAUGACGAGGUGAUAUUUGAUGAUAUAUACGAUCAUGAGAAGCUUUCUGAUGAGGAGACAAUUACCAUUACCAGCAACAAUGAGCUCACAGUAAAGGAGAAGCAUUGCAUUGGUCCUAAGUCUCCAGACCCAGACAUACCAGAAUGGGACUGGGACGAUGGAUUGGCUAAGCCCCAUGUGGCAGGAGACCGAGACCAGAUUGAGUUCCCAGGGGCCAGCAAAAGGACCUCAGACCCAGAUGUGGACAGCGACAACUCCGUAUCUCAGCCCAUCCAGAUCCAGAAAACAGCCACAAAGAAACCUACUCGCACUGAUAGUAGUACAAGCUACGAAGAAAAGCGCAGUAAAAGUUUAGAAGAGCAUGAGAAAAAGGAGACUUCCAUGGGGAAAACUAAGACCAGGCUUGGUCAUUUCCCGUUUCACAGUUCUUUGUCCGAUGUGUUUAUGUGGGGAGAGGAGGGCGAACAGAUCACAAUCUUGGAAAAGCACUACUGCACAAUUCAUCUGCCCAUCAAGACUGACAGCCACCACUCCUUCUCCAGCCUUCUCUACCUGAACCCAGAGGCAUUCAAAGGGGCUGUAAAAAAAACAGAUAGCAGCCACACAAUGAGACAGGGCCAAGUAUUCAGAAUGGCCUCUUACAGCUCCCCAUCCCUCUCUGAGUUGGCGUUUGAUGGUUUCAACAUGGUUCCCUCUCUGAAGCCACUGGAAACGCUGCACAACAAUCUCACAAUGAAGGACAUGGACAUCUUCCUGAGGCGGGCCACUUGCAACAAGUUUUUUACACCUGUCAACUCUCCCAUGUAUGGCCCCACUGCAAUAACCUCCUCAAAAUGGCCUGAGUAUCCCAAACCAAGAUCAACUAGUGGCAUAAGUCUGCCAUCAUCCUGCAGCUCCAGUGCUGGACCAUCUUCACCAAUCACAUCUUCCACUCCUGUGGAUUUCUUCAAUAAAGUCAAACUCUAUAUUAUGGAUAAUACUAAAAAUGAUCCUAUGGAUAAUUACCUGCCUGAACAAGAUCCGUCUCAGUCAUCGUCCAAUCAGAAACCAGAAUUUAGUCAUCAGACGGCUGCUCAGCCAGUUAAAACAUGUGCUCAAAAUAGUUCUAUUCCAUUGGCUGAACAAACUAGUCAGGUGACUCAGAGUCAACCAAUAAAAAUCUUGAAUCAGAAUUCAUUGCUCCAGCAGUCAGAAAUGCAGACAGGUUCCCCUGGAAAUGCUGCUAUUGGGAGCAGCAGUGGUGCUGCCCCAGGGCCUCAGUCCGCUUUCAAAGUUGUCAGCCGAGCAAACAGUCAGAAGUCCUCCAUGUUUUAUGUGUCACAAGUUUCUGAGGACAGCUUGAAAGUUAAAAAGAAUCCAGAAUCAAAUGUUCUUGAAGAUAAAAACAACACUUAAAAUGCUGUUUAUUAUGUGAUCAAUUAUGCAACUUAUGUUUUGUAGGUGGUGUGUUUUUCCACUUUGUGUUUCACCACGGGAGGCGGAAAACUACAACGGGCGAGGCAUGGUAUGGUAUUGCGCAAGGGGGGGUUAGAGGGUUAAGGUUAGGGUUAGGGUUAGUGUUAGGGGUCGGGUUAGGGUUUGGGUUAGCCUAAACCCAACCCUAACCCUAACCCGACCCCUAACCCUUACCCUAACCCUUUUUUGGGGUUAUCACCCCUGACCAUGCCUCGCCCGUUGUAGUUUUCCGCCUCCCGUUUCACCACAAGGCAAAAGUUGCACAGAGGGGUGUUUGUUUUAUGAUGAAACCUAAACUGAACAGUUAAGACAGUUUGUUAGUGUUAAAUGUUAAGAAUUCCUAACACAGGUCUUUCAUAUUGUACUAGUACCAGGUUGUCAGGCUCAGUGAUUGUGGCACAUCUCACAGACAGCUGAUUUGGAUUUGAUCUUGGCAUUCCACUAAGACCUAUAUAUAUAUAUUAUAUAUCACAGAUAAAUGGGUCAUGUCUAAACAUGUUUAUUGAGAGGUACUCGACUCUUGAUUAGGGUUACAGAAAAUUGGCUCUAAAGUAUGUAAUCUAGUCAUUUUUGUUUUUAGGAAUUUUUUUAAUAUUGCCUUGCCUUUUUCCGAGGUAAGGCAAGACAUCAUUUAGGUCUCUAAGUUUAUUUACUAUAAUAAUAGAAAGUCGAAUUUGUUUGGCUCUUAGUUUGUUUAACUGGAACCUGGUUUACAUGGUAUCAUUGUGUCCAGAUGGUAAUACUUGUGUGUCUUUAAUGCAGAUGUAUGUAACUGACACAAUCAAGAAUGUGAAAUUGCUCUUUUGUUUAUAAGAUUUUUAAUGUCAUUCUAUUGCAUUUUUACCAACUGUUAUAGAGAUAAACUUACAUGAAUGCUGGAAA